CUUCUUUCUUGUUCAUCUUCAAGAUCGCGCAGUUGAACUCCGGGGAGAGACAGGGCAAUUGUCACAUCAUGACCAGAUCUUCCAUAGCAAGGCCGCUACGGCAGGCCUUAUCCAGACCACUAGUCCAACCACCGCGAAAUACCCUGGCAGGUAUCGUGAGCGCCCGCACGCAAGCCUCGGCAGCCGAUCCUACUGCUGAUUCGCAGUCCAGGCCUCCCCAGCUCGUAAACGAAUUACCAGAUCCCCGCGAAGAGAACGAGGUUCGACUUCCCAGAGCGGUCCAAGCUCUCUACCUCCAGCCCCUGCGACGAGAAGCCCAAUACGGAGUCCCCUCGUGCGAUUUGCAGCUGCGGUCUUUCAGCAUACCCAACCUCGAGUUCUUCUGCGACUUUGCGCUCCGAGCCGCAUACUACCUGAACCUCCCGGCAUUCGGCCCGGUGCCUCUUCCUAAGAUCAUAGAGCGAUGGACGGUGCCGAGGAGUCAUUUCAUCUUCAAGAAGUCGCAGGAGAACUUUGAAAGAAUCACGAGGAGGAGAUUGAUCCAGAUUAGAGACGGACAUCCCGAGACGGUACAGAUCUGGCUGGCCUACCUGCAGAAGCACGCAUACUACGGUAUCGGUAUGAAGGCAAACGUGUGGGAGUUUGAUAGUAUUGGCACUGGUAAGAAGGCGGAUGAACAAGAGAAGUCUCUACAGGAGAUAGUAGAAAAGAAGAUGGAGAGCUUUGGCAGAGACAAGACACUGGGCACGGUAGAGAAGGUGAAGGAGUUGCUGGCUAGCGAGAGGUUUAAGCAUACGAGAUAGACGGUAUAGUGUAUGCUGUCUCAUCUGUACAAUGAAGUUAAUAUACUUAUUGCAACACACAAUUGAAUACGUGUAGCUAC